UCUUCAGGCGACAGAAUCCAGCUUCGCGCCAAGCAGUUGGAUGAUUACAUUUGUUUUUCUGACAACAAGCCUGAUCCUAAACUGCGAGAAAGCCUGUUCGUAAUGGACAUCAGGCGCUUCUUCCCACCGACGUCGGACAAGUGUGCGGCGCAGAAACCAGCUCCAAACGGGAACGUCCAGACGGAGAAGAGGAGGAAGAAGAAUCCGCUCUCUUCCGACGAGGAAGUGAAAAAGAAAAAAAAGGAGACCGCCAAGGUGAAAAGCUCCAAACCAGAGGAGAAACGGAAGGACAGUGAGAAAAAACGGAAGAAGCAUGCAGUCAUAGAAUCCGACUCUGAGGAUGAGAAGCCAGCGAGGAAGUCAAACAAGUCCCCCAAAGAGAAACGGACCACAGGCAAAAUGGAGCCACUGCCCAAAAAAGAUCCUGUGCAGUACGUCUCUGAAACAGACUCGGACAGUGACAACUUUCAGUCUUUGAAGAAGGUCUCCAAACCCAAGCAGAACGGCUCGGCCAAACAGGCGUCAAAACCAGGUGCAGGCAGUGCUGGAUCAGGGGUCAAAGUGGGGCUGAGGUCCCCGCCGAAGCCCUCCACCGCACAGGCGAAGGCCGCGGUGAAGUCUCCCGUCACCCCAAAGUCGACGUCGCCUCCACCGCGCAAACAAACCCCCACCUCAGUACUCGACUACUUCGGCAGUGCGUCCGUUCAGCGCUCGGACAAGAAGCUCGUGGCCAGCACCAAACGAAAGGCCCCAACUCAGGAAGUAGACGACUUGAGUGAUGAGCAAAUCGCCAAACAGCUGCAGAUGGAUGAGGACAUGAUGGAGCUGGAAAAGCAGGUCCACGAGGACGAGGAGUUUGCCAGAACUCUGGCCAUGCUGGACGAGGAGCCUCAAGCAAAGAAGGCUCGUAAAGGCUCCGAUGAAAGUCCAGCCGUUGCUGCGUUUCCCAAAAUGAGCAGGACAGACUCCGCAUCGGGCACCAAGAGCGGCCCGUCACAGACCAACCGAAGGGGCAGCACGUCGGAGGAUGUGAUUGGCCCCACCCCGAAGAAGGAACCCGCCAAGGUCAAAGCCAGCUCCAAACUGGCCAUGAUGAAGAAAAAGAAAGAGGAGCAAGACGACGGGUCAAAGGGCAAAAUGCCCGCUUCACCCACAAAAAUGCUAAUCUCUCCCAAAAAGGAGCCCCUCGCUUCGCCAAGCUCAGUCAAGAAGGUCACGCCCAAAACGGGAAGCGCACCUGCCACGGUUAAAACGUCUCCCGAGAAACCAGAGAGCACAAGUACGAGUCCUGAGGACGCAGAGAAGAAGAAGGUCAACUCCGCAGCUUACAGGAACUUCCUCAACAGAGAUGGACCACGCGCUCUCGGCUCCAAGGACAUCCCACAGGGUGGGGAGAACUGUUUGGAGGGCUGCAUGUUUGUGCUGACGGGGGUCAUGGAGUCCAUUGAGCGGGAUGCCGCCAAAUCCCUCAUCGAGCGCUACGGAGGCAAGGUGACGGGCAACAUUAGCAAGAAGACCACCUACCUGGUGCAGGGCAGAGACAGCGGAGUCUCCAAGCUCGAGAAGGCGGAGAGUUUCGGCACCAAGAUCCUGGAUGAGGAUGGUCUGUUGGAGCUGAUCAGGACCAAACCAGGAAAGAAGUCCAAGUACGAGAUCACUGCAGAGGCUGAGAGCAAAGCCUCAAAGACCAGGACCCCGCCGAGCAGGACAUCAAAGAGCACCCCAAAAGCCCAGAAGAUCUCUCCCUCCAGGGGAAAUUCUCGAUCCCCUCACACCCCGAGCCCGUCAAAGACCGGCCUGGCACAAGGCCAGGGUGCCAGGACCAGGGGUGGCCGCACUCCACCUGGGAGAGGCUCUGGUCCCACAGCCCGCCGGGAGCUCGGCCUUUCCUCCUCCUCGUCAUCCCCAUCGGCGGCCGAGGACAACGUCAGUCUGCUGUGGGUGGACAAGUACCGCCCGCGCUCUCUGAAGACUGUGAUUGGUCAACAGGGAGACCAGAGCUGUGCCAAUAAGCUGCUCCGCUGGCUGCAGAACUGGAGCAAACACCACAGCGGGGGCUCGUCCAAGCCAGCAGCUGCAAGGUUCGGGAAGUUUGGAGGAGGGAAAGACGAUGGAUCGACGUACAAAGCUGCUCUGCUCUCUGGACCUCCGGGCGUGGGGAAGACCACCACAGCAGCUCUCGUCUGUGAGGAGUUGGGCUUGAGCUACGUGGAGAUGAACGCGAGCUGCACGCGCAGCAAAAGCUGUCUGAAGGAAGUCGUCGCACAGUCACUCGACAACACCAGCAUCGAGAGCUUCUACAAAGGCACCUCUCAGAAAGUGAGCAGUAAACACGUCCUGAUCAUGGAUGAGGUUGAUGGCAUGGCCGGCAACGAGGACCGCGGAGGAAUACAGGAGAUGAUCGGCCUGAUAAAAAAUUCAAAGGUUCCCAUCAUCUUCAUGUGCAACGAUCGUAACCACCAGAAAAUCAGGUCACUGGCCAACUACUGCUUCGAUCUGCGCUUCCAGAGGCCGCGAGUGGAACAGAUCAAGGGAGCCAUGAUGUCCCUCGCCUUCAAAGAGGGAAUCAAGAUCCCGCCCCCAGCUCUUAACGAAAUGAUCCUCGCCGCCAAUCAGGACGUCCGACAGGUGAUCCACAACCUGAGCAUGUGGUCGGCCAAAGACAAGGUGAUGACGUACGACCAGUGCAAGUCCGACGCAGCCAGCGCCCGCAAAGACAUCAAACUGGGGCCGUUUGAUGUUUGCCGGAAGGUGUUCUGUUUCGGGGAGGAGAGCGCCAACAUGAGCCUCAUCGACAAGUCGGACCUCUUCUUCCACGACUACUCGCUGGCGCCACUCUUUGUCCAAGAGAACUACCUGCAUGUUCGGCCAAAGGCUGCCGGCGGUGACCUGAAGUCCCACCUGAUGUUGCUCAGCAAGACGGCUGACUCCAUCUCUGACGGAGACCUGGUGGACCGACAGAUCCGCUCUCGGCAGAACUGGUCGUUGUUGCCCACCCAGGCCGUCUAUGCCAGUGUGUUACCAGGCGAGCUGAUGAAAGGCUACAUGAGUCAGUUCCCCACCUUCCCUAGCUGGCUCGGCAAGUUCUCCUCCACCAACAAACAUUCCCGCAUCAUCCAGGAGCUGGCCUCACACAUGGGCUUGAAGACGAUGUGCAGCAGGCAGGCGGUGAACCUGGACUACUUGUUCUACCUGCGGCAGGCGCUGCUGAGCCCCCUUCAGAGGCACGGAGCGGAGGGCGCCGGUGACGCCGUGCAGCUGCUGGACAACUACCAGCUCGUCAAGGAAGACGUGGACAGCAUCAUGGAGGUCAGCCUCUGGGGCGGACAGACGGACCCCUACUCCAAACUGGACUCUAAGGUGAAGGCAGCAUUCACGCGGGCCUACAACAGAGAAGUCCACCUGACGCCGUACUCUCUGCACGUGGUGAAGAAGGGCCGCCGGGGGGGUGGAGGGGGGGAGUUGGGAGGAGAGGACGUGGACAACGAGGCGCGGGAAUCCGAGGACGAGGGCCUCAAAGCCGACGCCAUGAUCAAACAGAAGAAGGCCAAAGCAACCAAGGAGUCAAAGAAGGAAAAGAAGGACGAUUCUGGGAAGGGGAAGGGGAAGGGGAAAGGACAAGGCAAGGGGAAGAAAUGACCUAUGACCAGAGAAGGAAACCCUUCCUGGUCCGCCUCCUUCCGCCCCCACAGACUGUAAUGUUCUUUCUCUGCACUUGCAGCGGUCCUGAAACGAGUAUCGGAAAGUAGUGAGUGUUGUUACUGCAGGCGACUCGUGCAAACGCCUAACGCCAACCCCACCGAGCUAGUAAGAAAGGGUUCCACUUUUUUAACUUCCUGUCGAGUUUCCCCUCAGAGCGGACAAAUGAUGUAUAUCAGCUGCUUGUUCCAUCCAUCAUCAUGUCUAUAUAUAUCUCCAUAGCAACGUGUCUCAUCAAGAGUAUAGUGCAUUUCUUCCGUCAUCAAUUUGUGGGUGUCAAGGCUGUAAAUAAUGUCACUCUGCUCUCUUUGCUAUGACGUCAAUACAGAAAUGUUUUAACUCUACGGUUAGCACUGAUGUUCUUUGUAAAUUGCAAUUUUUGUAAAAAAAACAUUUCAUGAGGAUUAAAAGGAGAAAUAUGUCACA